AUGUGGCGAAGCAGUUUCGAUGAUGUUAAACGUAUGAAUAAACGUCAAUUCUUAUAUCAAGUUCUUAGUUUUGGAAUGAUUGUUUCAUCAGCUCUUAUGAUCUGGAAAGGAUUGAUGGUUGUAACAGGUAGCGAAAGUCCUAUAGUUGUUGUUUUGAGUGGAAGUAUGGAACCUGCUUUUCACAGAGGAGAUUUAUUAUUUUUAACAAAUCAUGCUGCUGAACCAGUAAGAGUUGGUGAAAUUGUCGUCUUCAAAGUCGAAGGUCGAGAUAUACCAAUCGUGCAUAGAGUAAUGAAAUUACAUGAAAAAAAUGAAAAUAAUAACACUGUCAAAUUUUUGACGAAAGGAGAUAAUAAUUCUGUGGACGAUAGAGGUCUUUAUGCGCCAGGGCAACUUUGGUUGACAGAAAAAGAUGUUGUUGGAAGAGCGCGAGGUUUCUUACCUUACGUUGGAAUGGUUACAAUUUAUAUGAAUGAAUAUCCAAAAUUCAAGUGUGCCAUUUUAGCGUGCCUUGGAAUGUAUGUUUUAGUUCAUAGAGAGUAAAUGAAUAAUUACCACUAAAAAAAUAUGUGAUGAACAUUUUAUUCGUUCGAUAAAAAUGAAAAAUA